GAAGUCUAGAGAAUGUGCAGUAUAUUGAAAUAUGAGGAAAUAGAUAAUGCUUGCGUACAUUUUUACGAUUAGUUACCGAGGUUUUAGUGCAUGGUGGGUAAACAGGGGCUAUAAAAUUGAACUACAGAAUAAAUAUGUUAAACGUUUUCCCCAUAGCAGACAGAGCAAUACCCCGAGAAUAAUUUAUAUAUUAUAUAGGUGAUAUGGGGCGAUGAGGCAAAACAGACCAUGUUUUAAUUCUCUUUAUCGACCCGUUUUUAGUAAAUAUAGAAUAUUUACAGGAAUAUAUUACCGUAUCGUCACGACCUUGAAUCAAGCGUCUUUAUAAGAAAAUAUUGAAUAUCAUUCUGUGCUAAGGGUAUCUAUCUUAACCCAUAGUAGUAGGCUACAGUAUGUGUAGCUUGUACUUAAUACAAAGCUUGGUAGAUAGUGUAUUAUAUUCUUUAGAUAUAUGGUUUAUAAUAAUGAACAAGGACUAAACAACAACCAUCAACAUCGCUUUCCAUCAACCGGAGUAGCUUGUUGUGGCGUGAAUCGCGUAUAUCGAAAUUGUUUCAAGUAUUGGGUUAUUGUUUUGUUGACUGCAAAAGUUAAAUCGCAACUACAAGUGUGACAGCUGUGCGUCCAUUAUGCAAAGUCAUAAUAAAUUUAACUACGGUUUAUAGAUUGAUCCGUAUUUGGAUACUUAAUUAGUAGGUUCAUACAGAAACUUGGCCGCUCCAAAUAAUCACAUACACCGUAACUCAGUUAGCGGGAAAACAAAGAUCAAAGCAUGCGGUAUGCACUUGAAUGUUUCGCUGUGUUGGUUUGCGUUGCGGUGGAAAGUUCUUGUGCAACUGGGGCAGAUGGGCGUAUCUUAGACGGCCUACCUACCAACCGCCCGUUGAAUAUUGCUCACAGAGGAAGUUCUGGUAUGCGACCUGAACACACAGUAGCAGCGUACCAACUAGCAGUCGAUCAAGGAGCAGACAUCAUUGAAUGUGAUUUAGCUGUUACUAAGGACCUUAAAUUUAUCUGUACACACGACUCGUGGUUGAAUGCAACAACAGAUGUUUCAUCUCACAAGGAAUUCGACGAUCGUGUGAACACCUACAGAAUCGACGGGAUACUUAGAAGGGAUUAUUUUACCAUCGACUUUACUUUAGAAGAAUUGAAAACAUUGAAAACGAUUCAGUCCCGCUCAUACAGAGACCAAUCAUAUAACGGGAUGUAUCCGAUGGCGAGUUUCGAUGAAUAUGUUGCGGUUGCCAAGAACGCGACAGCAAACGGUAGAACCGUUGGAAUUUAUCCGGAAACGAAGAACCCGCCUUUUUUCAACCAACAUCUUCUUGACAAAAACACAACAAUGGAAGAUCUACUUUUAACGUCGCUAGAGAAACACGGUUACGUCACCCCUACGUCACCUUGCUUUAUACAAUCUUUUGAACCAAACAGCCUUAGAUACUUGGCGAACAAAACAGGACUUCCUCUCAUUUUCCUUGUAAAUGUUCCAAUCACCGACGCCAAGUUAACAGAGUUCGCACAGUUCUGUUACGGACUUGGCCCCUCGAAAAGUUUAAUUCUACCAACAGUUAACGACAGACUUGGACAAAGCACGGAUUUCAUUUCGCGAGCCCACGCCAACGGUUUUAAGAUCCACCCGUAUACGUUUCGAAACGAAGACCAGUUUCUCGCUACAGAUUAUGCUAGCGAUCCGUACGAGGAAUACAAUACGUUUGUGGAGCUAGGUGUGGACGGUUUGUUCACAGACUUCCCGAAGUCAUUUUCAAAUUUCCUUGACUGCAAGUAUCCCGUGGACAAAACCGGGGGUGCAUCUACCACUUUGGGAAAUGUAGGGCUUAUUCUUGCAGCUUUGUUAGCAAUGAUUUUAAUGUAAGAAAAAAAAGAAUAAACAAAAUACGCUACCGAUAUGACGCCACCAAGACCGACCUGGUAGCCGAAGCAAUCUUGCUUUGGAAUUUUAAUCCUUUAUAAAAUUUUGGUUCCAAUACACGAAACACCAAGUAA